UUCUGUGACCCCAUUUGUGGCAACUGCUGACUGCUGCUGAGGGACAAUCACUGCGGAUUGUCACUGCGGUGCAGCAAUCGGCAGUCAUGGCUGCUGUUGGGGAGCGCUGACGGCCGUGGGCUGCUGCGGGGGGCGGCGACUGUAGGCUGCUGCUGCCGCUGGGGUGCAAGGGCUGCUGACUGCUUCUUGGGAGCAGCGAUUGCCCCCCUGUACGGAUCCAGGCGAUCACCUCCAGCCGGUAAACUGCAGACAGACUUGAUACACCAUGUUGGACAGCUGCUGGAGGUGCAGCUUCAGUGACUGGCCCUUCAGUCGGUGGGGGAUAUAAACCCAGACUGGGUACCCAGGCUGAAACACCCAGCUGGAGCAGUACAGGUCAUAACUUCUCUUCUGCUGCACUCCUACACUGCUCAGGUGCUCUCUGGCCUGCUGGAGGGGUGCAGUCCAGGCCGUCCGAGAUCUGGAGGACGCACUCUGGGCCUGGUGUGAUGGGCAGGUCGGUAUCGGGUGGCUGGUCGAACACCAGGUCCAUGGGCAUUCUCAGUUCCCGCCCACACAGCAAGGCUGCCUGUGUGCAGCUUGUAGACUCCUACACCUGGCAGGUGCAGGUCCCAGUAGCGCUGAUGGUUGAGUGGUGAGCAGCUUCCACUGGAUGGCUACUGUGCCGUUAAACCACUCAACUAGCCCAUCACUCCGCCGACCCCGGGUUGCCCAUGAACACACUGCAGCACUCUGGACUGGAGGCACCGCUGCACCACUAGCUGGAGCCAGUCGGUGCCCGCCCUAGAGUCCCUCCACUUCCUGUACAGCAGGCCCUGGUGCAGUGUCAGGCAGACCCAUUGGCCCAACAACUCCUUCACCCCUGUAGAGAAAACAGACAGACAAGACACAACAGGCCGCCAACCCUCCUGCACCCACUAUAGCACAGACCCAUUCCGGGUCCUCUCUCUGAGCCUGCAGAAGCUGAGCAGGCCACAGCUACCUGUUUGAGGGUGGUCUCGGGCUCAGGGGCAGGUUUGGGCUCGGGGGAGGUCUCGGGCUCAGGGGCAGUAUCCUUUUCUCUCCUCCGAUCCUCUCUCUGCUCCGCACUCUGACUACUGGCACAGGGGUGGCAUGACAGGCUAACAGCAUUGUUGUGCUUCUUACCUGGGCAGUGCUCAAAGGUAAGUGAAAGUUUUGUAAUAGCGAACACCAGGCAGCUAUCUGCCCCUCCAGCUCUUUAAACCUCAACAGCCAUUGCAGUGCAGCCUAUGCUUACCUUAAACUCACGGCCCUGUAGAUACGCUUUGAAAUGCUGUUCUGCUGCUACCACUGCCAACAGCUCCCACCUGGUAAUACAAUCGCUGCACUCCUUUUUGCUGAGCAUUCAAUUGAAGUAUGCCACCAUUUUCUGUAAUAGCAUUCCCCCAAGGCCUACAUUGCUAGUAUCAUAUCUAAAAUGAAAGGUUUGUCAGAGUUAAACAUAGGUAGGACUGAGGCGGUGACCAUGGUAGUAGGUAUGCUAGUCACAGAUAAUCGCUGUCUUUAGUGUAGUAGGCAUAUUUCUGAAAAGUCCCAAAAGUUUUAUUUUUUCUAAGAAGCAGUAUUUUUUAUCCUGUUUACGAAAUAAAAAUACCAUACAGCACAGCAAACACAGAGACAUUGCCACAACGUUGUUGGACUGUGUGUUUGCAGUGAGGCCAUGUCCAUAGUGAUAUUUGUCCGCGUGCGGGAUCGUUGAGUGGUUAGUGCGGCUCUGGCAGCUUGCACGUGUAAGGGGACGUUUAGUUUAAGUAACGUCUGUGCCAGCUAACACUCAUCCAGAAUCAACUUAGUGACUUUGUAGCUAGCUGGCUAGAAGCAUGUAUACCAACGUAUGGAAUAUUAAGGAGAUCUUAAAUAUAUCGAAUGGAGGGAGUAAGUCCUCCGGCCGAAGUGGUGCCACCAGCGAUUAUUCCAGCGGCCUGACCGACUCCCAGUUUCUGUUUGGGUCCCAGUUCUGGACAGAUCAAAUAGGCCUGUCCCAGGAAAUGAGUCUACCGUCCAAGAACUCCCAGCAAAACUCUCAGGAGGUAAAUGAGCCCAAAGUUUCAACAAACUACCACACCAAGCCUUACCUGUUCGGUGGAGAUUCGAAGGACAAAAGCAAGAUGCCGAAUUAUACAAGCAGCAAAACCAAAGGAAUCCUGGAGCAGUUUGAGGAGGAGAAGAAAAAAGCAAAAGAGAAGACCGAAAGUGAGAUGCUGGUGAGUGAAUUGUCACAACUCAAGGAAUGCAUGGAAAAUAUGAAGAAUUCUUUACGCAGCAUGGAUGGAAACACAGAUUCUACUAAAAGAGUUGUGGUGGAAGCCUUGGAUGGUUUCACAAAAACACUUCAGGGUGCUGUGGGCAGCAUACAAGAAGGCUUCACGGUGCAGUUGGAGGCAGUGCUGGACAAGCUCAGCUGCCAUUUAGAGGCCCUACGAGAUAUGGAGGACAGGGAGUCCAAGAUGGUUUCAGAGGUGGCCACUCUGGCUACAUGCGUGCACAGCCUCCGGGGGGAGCUGGAGAGCUUGAGGACUGAGCAGGCCAGGGAGCAGUGCAUGAUGGGAGAGAUCCUCUCCUCGCUGCAGGCUCUGGCCUCCACGCAGUCGCCAUCGGCCCCCGUGGCAGACAGCGGCGUGCAGACGUCGCCCUGCCCCUGGGAGAGGCUCUGCCUGGUCAACGAGGAGACGCAGUACUUCCAGAGCCUGCAGCUGGGCACCGGGCCGGCACCGCUGCCUCAGGGAGAGUUCAGAGUCCUGGGGCCACUGCAGCCCAUUGAGCAGGAACCCAGCCCAACCAGCGAACCUAACCUGCGGGCUGGCGCCCACACUGAGGCUCUGGCCGACAUAACGUGCGAGAUGCAUGGGCAGAAGCCGUACCGCACCCGCUGUGCCACCACUCGCCCGCCGGGGGUCCGGAACGGUGCAGCCGGCACGUGGGCACGAGAAGCAGAAGUUGCCCGCAGCCUGCCCGGCGCCACACUGGAGAACCUCGGGCUCCUGACCCAGGAGGACGGGGGCAUCCACCGCACUGGCGGAGUCCCUAAGCAAGCUGGCAGGCCGAGGAGAGCCGCCCAGAGAGGGCAGAGAACACGGGUGCCCAAGAGGAGGAGGAAGGCACUGCCGCCAUGUGGGGGGCAGGGCAACGGCAACAGGGGUAGGGAGAUAAUGCCCGCCCCCACUUCCUGCCAGAGUCCAGCCAAUCACACGUCCGAGAACGCAGGGGUGCUCUACAACCCCUGCGCCGGCUGGUCCCAGGACAGCAGCAGCACACAGUUUGUCUCCAGGUGCGAGACCACCACAGCAUCACGGGCGAUACCCAUCUCUGAGGCCGAGACUGGGAUCACGCAGCAGGGGUUCUGGCAGCUGUUUGAUUUCUGCGAUGAUUCUGACUAGACACACCAUCUUUAAGAAUGCUGAGGUGUUUCUGAAAAAGCCAUCAUUUGAGUAGGACUAGUUCAUGCCUCGUUACUGUAGGUCAGGAGUGUCAAACUCAUGUCCUGGAGGACUGCAGCGUCUGAAGGGUUUUCCCGAUUUUUUCUUUCAAUCAGCAAUCAGUUCAGGCAUUGGAACAAGUUGCAUGGCCUCUUUAGGUAAUCAGUGUCUUAAAUGAAUAACUUAAGAGCUGAAACUCGACAAAAACCAGAAAACGCUGCAGCCUACCAGGACUGGAGCCUCACAACCCUGUGGUACUGUAGCUGUUGUUGUAGCUCCUAAUAGAUGUUGUGCACUGUUAUUGUGGCAAUUUGCUUUCAUAUACAAGCCUUCCAUUACUUGCUGUAUAAUGUUUAAUUCCAGAGAUUGUAUGUUUAGAAAAACAAAAAUUGGUUUAUAUAAUAUUUAGAACUGUAAAAUGUAUGGAACCUUUACACAUUACUUAGCCUAUACAUCAGAACAAAAAAAGGCUAGUUUACCAAAAGUGCUGGAACCCCUUUAAAUAAUUUGCAUAACCCACUUAAAAAUACUAUAAAAAAUACUUUAAUACUUUAAAAAACCCAAUGCAAGUCCAACUGCCAAAGGUACUGACUGACCAACAUCUGUCAAUCUGCCACAAUUCCAGACAUGCAGACAGUUUUUUUCAGAGGAAUUUCUUUUUUUUCAAAAACUUGUGUUUUUGCCUUUGUGUUUGCAGUAGUGUUCCAUGAAUUUGUAUCUCUCUUUGUGGCAUUUGUUCCUUGAUUUCACGAUCAAUAAAACACAUAUUCUCA